AUGGAACGUAAUACAAAUCAGCAAGCUCCUCUGCUGAUCCAUCCUAGUGACAAGAACAAAAUUCGCCGCUUUUUUGGUUCCGGUUCGGCAGCCGAUCCAGAACGUCUUCAGAGAGCGGAAAUUGAUCUAUUACGAGCCUCUUAUCCUCAACUGGCAUGUCUGUGGAACGACAAACUAAUGAAUCGAUCAUUCUGUGCCAGUGGUUCGAUGGUAUCAUUUGAUUCAAAACGACCACAUCAGCGUUUCUCUAACGCACGGUAUCAACAACUACUCUAUUUUGCCGAGAAGCAUGGAAUUUCGGAAGAAGCAGCACGCGGAAUUUUGCGAACAGGACGCAGUUCAAGUUCCGGACAAGUGUCUCGAACAAGUCGCUGUCCGUCAGCAGUGACUUUCAAACUACCCUCAGAGGUGAAUGCCGGUGACAGUGAGGAGAGAAUUACCGAUCAGUCGACCAUGAGUCAGGACCAACAGGCAAACGAGCUUUGGUCCAUAUUGGAACGAAUUCAGAUUGAACAUUCCACACCCUCGAGAGUAACAAACUCUUCACUCAAAAAUGAAACUGAACGGGAACCACUAAAAGUAGAUAACACUUUGUUCUCAAGACAGAUAAAUGAGAAGCUGGUGAAUGACUUCAGUGACUGGUGUGUGGAGGAACAAAUGACGGCAGAUGUUAUGUUACAGCGGAUUCAUGCAAAUCAUUACGGCUUACCUCGUUUGAAAGUGAUUCCUCGAAAAACGGAUGGUGGAUUUUUGGUUAAAGUCGAUCAGUCAUUCAACAGAAAACUGCGUUCCGCCCAUCAAACAUGGUCCAGUUGGUUUCAUGUGGUUCCCGUUGGAUUUCGUGCUUAUUUGCAACUGGUCGAGGGUGAAAUCAAAGCUUGGACCAAACAGCAAGAAGCAAUUUAUCAAGCAAAUCAACUAAGCGCUGAACUGGAGAGAGCAAUGAAGAAUGCAGAUCAACCCGCAGAAGACCCUAUCAAAGAGACCAAACAUCCUUUGCGAAGAGACACUCGGUCCAAGUCGAAGAUAAACACAGAGGUAUCGCGUUCCCCGUCAUCUUUGGAAAACCAGGGGACUCUGAUUGGUGACUCUGAACAGUUUAUUGUUCCUGGAUCAUUAAAAGCUUUAAAGCGAGAACAGGAACAAGCUUUACUAGCAAGACAAGAAACGGAACGAAAUCUGGGAGACAAACGAGCCCGAUCUGCUAAACGUCGUGGUGAUGCAAAUGCGGCAGAUAAAUCAAAAACUAAAAAAGAAAGUUCAUCGGCUUCUCCGAAUUCCGGAGCGCGACAGAAACAUGUGAAGGGACACUCGAUCGCCGACGGUGAUUCCAAGUCUGCCUCUGACUUGACAUCCGGGGACGGCUCGAAGGAAACAUUUUGGCCGUUUGUUGGCUACGACGUGGACAAUGUAGUUCCACAUUGGACCGGUGAGAUCACACACUUGUUCCCGACAGAUGGUGGAACCAUCCGAACAGAACGCAGUGAAUUACCUAACGGUGAAUCGAUGCUCCGUGUUAGCCUUCUCAAAGAUGGUCAUGUAUUUACUGUACAUCGAAUCGAUCCCCCAACGGAUCCGAGUGACCAAGAUACCGAUAAACUUGUCGAAAAUCUCCACAAUGAGAAUGAGGUCAGGGCUCCAGUGAACGACGAUGAUGGCUCGGGACAGGCGGAGGAACACGUGGCCACCGAGGAUCAAGGACAACCAGAGGAACAAGAGCCGGAUGCAAACAAAGUGAUAUCAACUGAUGAUAUCCCUUCUUACUACAGCUCCUGUACAGCUCAAUUUUCAGACGGUCUUCAACUGACAGUAGCUCAUUCAACUCAGACACUGAAACUACCAUGGGCACUGACUGAUGUUAAAGAAGCAAAAAAGGAAAACAAUGCCCAACAGCUGAUAAAAGAUCCCCAGUCCACACAGAAAUCCAAUCUAACGAAAGAUGUCAACGAACCGGAAGCACCGUCACAGCCACCGCCAAUUGAGGACACAACAAAAGUGGAUUCAAACAACGAAGCUCGUGUGCUUCAAUCCAUGCUUGCUACUCUUCCAGACGGUGCCCAACUCACCUUUUUGCACAUGGAGCACACUGAAGUAUUGACUUAUACCUCGGAAACCGGUUUGGAGACUUUGGGUACAUCGGAAUUGACUGUUCACUGUUCGGCAAAUCCCACACAAUCUAAUCAUUAUGCCAGUUUUCAAAAUUCACGCAAGUCUACUGCACUGACAAUGAACAAAUCUGUGACAGUCCAAUCGAUGAUUUUGCGAAUGCGUGCAGCAGAUGCGUAUCGUUCAACUGAGGCAGAAGAAAUGGAGGUGGAACGAUAUUUACUGGCCAAUGGUUCCCUUGUCCUGAUUAUGAAAACAAAACAAAAGAAAGAGACUCGUAUUGGAAUAAAGAUACUAUUGCCUAAUGGAGAUCGAAUGGAGCGUGACACAUUGGUGGCUGAUCAGUUGUAUCACUCUGAACAACCCAGAUUUCCAUCGGAUGUCAGUCCGGAGGAAGAGCCUCAAGUGACCACGGGAUGUAUGGAUGUCCCUGCCGUGGGCAAUAGUCGUCGAACUAGUGUUGCGCAAUCAAAGUCUCGUGUUCCGGGCAAAAGUGCGCGAAAAAAGGCCGAGGAACAAAAAAGUGAGUCUUAUCUCAAAUCAAGUCAAGUCAGUAGUAGCUUUACGCACCCGGAUAUGUGUAAUUUCAGCAAUUACUCCAUAGUUGUGGAAUCAAAUUUUCAAAAUCAUUACAUAAUGAAACUGAAAGAAGUGAGGUGUUUGCCAAUGAAGCAAGCGGUUGCGCAAUUCUGUGGAAAUUUUGUCCUUGUCUAUAAGUAG